UUUAAUUUUCUGCAGCGCGAAACUUUGCUGAAAAUGUCAUCGGCCUCGGCCAGCAGGAGCAGCAUCAAGGUCAAGUUUAACAAAACUUCAUGCUAUUUUUGCGAUGAAUGGCUGGAGAACGAAAAAAUCGAGGCUCACCUACAGGUUUGCGGCCAGGUGUUGGAGCAGUGUUCGAAUGGAUGUGGAGCACGUGUGACCCGUAAGGAGAUGGAUCGCCACCUUAACCGUUGUCCGGAAGGUUUCGGUGAGGAACCCAGCUUGAAUGGUAGCUCCCCAAAGGAACGAGAAAAACUGUUUGAGUUGGAGCAGGAGAUCCUCGCUCUGCGAGAAACCUUGAAUGAGGAAAUUCGACAGCGUUUGGCUCUGAUCACCGACAUUGGACAGCUAAAAAAACGCGCCCAGCUGGGGGAUGAAUGGACCGGAAAGGUUGGAGACGUGCUGAAUGCACUGAAGAAGUGCAUCAACGAGGAAACCGAGAGCCGCUGUGUGGACAUCGAACGGUGCAAAAUUGACAUCAAUGGACUGCUAAAGCAGUUUGAGAAAAUAGAAUCAUGGCGAGUGGAACUCGUCACCCGUUUCAACCAAGCGGAAGAGGAAAUGGCAAAAGUAAAGAGACAGCCUCCUCCUCAGACACAUUCCCCAUCGGAUGAGACGGCUGAAACGCGAGCUCGGGACGCUAAGCUGGUAAUGAUUGAAAGCCGGCUGAAUUAUUUGCAAUCGGAGCUGGAAAGUCUUACACUAGGCAAACCGCAGACCGCAGGCCAGGCUCAGCAGCCACCGCAAAAUUUAUUAGACAACGAGGCACGAGCCGCAAUCGAAGAAAUUGAAAACAAACUGCAGACCGUUGAUGUGGUUCUAGAGGAUCAUCACAAUUCUAUUCGUGCCUUCCAGAGUGACAUAAAUCGUCAGAUGUUUGAGCUGGGGGGUGAAUCCGAUCCGAUGCGGCUGGUCAUCCAGGAGAUGCUGGACAAGCAGGCCAAGUUGGACUACGAGUUGAAGGGGGCGCUGAAUAUGGCCCACGAAAGCGAAGACAGUGCCGAGCGGAUCCAGAAAACGCUGGAGAAGUACCGGCGGGAAACUUACUACACCAAGCAGUGUCUGGAUGAUUUGCAGGUCCAUCUGCAGCACCAGGAGAAGCUGGUUGUGCUGCAGAACACCGAAGGCCACCUGAUCUGGCGUAUCGAUAAGUUCGAGCAGCGUUUCAAGGAAUCGCAGGAGAAUGAACUGAUGCUGAAGAGUCCACUGUUCAGCAAUCAACCCUUCGGGUACACUUUGAGGCUGGAGGCAAGCCUAAACGGCAUCGGAACCUGGCGGGGUCGUAAUCUGAUUGUGGGUCUGAUCGUGAUCAACGGCUUCUACGAUAAUCUACUCGAGUGGCCCUGCGUGCUGAGCGGCACGGUGACUUUGCGGGAUCAGCCGGAUUCGGGUGGGGCAAGGGUCGAUUUUUGUAAAGCGAUUCUGGCACGCCGAAAGCAUCAAAACUACGAAAAGAAUCAGUACAUUCAUAUUCCGCACCAGGUGUUGCGUUCCGAGCACUACAUUCGGGACGACGCCAUCUUUCUGGAGGUUCGGAUCGAACGGCUGCAGCAGUAGGCUGAAAAAGUGUGCUCGCGUGUGUGUGAGUUUUUUUUUCUGAUAGUUCAAUUUAUUAUCUAUUCUGUUACUGUGUUUACCUUGUGUAAAUGUGUUCGUUAAAAUAUUAAAUAUCUUGGUAUUAUUAACAAAUUACG